AUGGAGGAAAGUUUUCAAAAACUUGCCAUAAAUUCAGAAAAGGAGAAAACUGGUUGGUCAAAUUUACCAAUCGAAAUGAAAAUAGAAGUGCUGGAUUAUCUGGAAACAUCGGAAAAAAUCAAAUUCUCAAAAUAUUCGCCAAAAUGCCUGGAAGAAGUUCGGAAAACCAAGGGUUUUGUCAAAGAAAUCAAAUUAUUUUGGGGAGAAAGAGAUUCGAGAAUAGAUAUCAAAUAUUGGGAUGAUUCUUUGAUGAGUAUUGGUUUUGAGAUGUUAUCCGAUGAUUCGACGAGGAUUUUUUAUAGAGAGUGAGGAUGAUUUUGUUAUGAAUCGAGAAAUUUGGAUGAUUUUCAGCUGAAAAUCAUGGAAAAUGAUGAAUUUUGAGCCAAAAAUCGAGAAAUUUGGAUGAUUUUGAGCUAAAAAUGAUAAAUUUUGAGUUUUCAAACGAUUUUUUUCAAUUUUGGAGCAUUUUUGUGCUCCGCGAGCUCUGAAAAUCCUUGUGAGGUUUCAAAAAUCUUCAAAAUUUUUAAAAAAUCCAAAAAUUUCACUGAGAAGUGUUGAAGAUUCCUGGAAUUUCAGAUUUGGAGCAUUAUUUUGCUCCGCAAGCGUUUUAGCCUACAUUAGGUGGAAAAUGAGCUUUUCGAAUCGAAACCUCUCGAAAAAACACGAUUUUUGGGUCCUACACUCGGGGAAACGCUGGCGUAGAACGCCGCGUGUAUGCGGCGUACACGCCUAUUUUUAAAAGGCUCGCACGCUGUGUUCACGCCGAUUAAACGCCGACUCACGCGGCAGACACGCCGAAUUGCGGCGUUUGCGCCGAUUCAAGCGCGGCGUUCGCGCCUUCUCAUUUCUCUUUUCCCAGCUGCCCCGGCUUUUCGAAACAUUCUACUAAUCAUUUGACAAUUUAUUAACAAAAUAAGCAGAACAAUAAACAAUUGAAAAUGUUGUGGUCUGUUUUGAAGUCUUGAUUUCGAUUGAGCGGAAGAAGCCAUGAAGUGGCGAAGUGAAGUGAUGUACCAUAGAGAUAGUUGAUUCCUGAAAAUUGAUAAUGAAAAAAUGGGUUUGCAUGAAUUGUCAAUUUUGUGAUUUUCACAAGGUGGCAGCAAUAUACUAGGACAUUUUCAAAAAAUUUCCUUACAGAUAGUUUAAGUAUAGUCGUGGUUUCAACUAACGAUAUCUACUGAUAAAAAGAGGAAGUCUUUGACAAAAAAAUCAAUUUUGGCAGGCAACUAAUUGAGAAUUUUUCAAAUAUGUUCAAUUUCCAAGUUCGAGAAUUCUAGUUAUGUCACAGCCCACUUUCCUGCACAAAAGAACAGCCUCAUCCUCAAAAUUUAGUCUCCCAAUGGACCUCCGAGCCAAGUUCUGGACUCUCAAAAUUUCAAAAAUUGUUAAAUUGGCUCAUAAAAGUCAUCAUAACUAAAAUUUCUUUAAUUUUUGUGAAAAAACUGAGUAGCAGAUGAUGAUCAGCGUGGUCGAUUUACCCAAAAUGAAUGAAUAAACUGAGGUUUCAGAAAACUUUUUGAUUUUUGGAAAAAGUAUGAGUAGAGUUUGAAGUUUCAGCCGAAAAGGAAAAAAAAUUCAGAGUUUCUCGAAAAAAUGAUUUUUAUUGAUGAAAUUUUAAUAAAACGAAUAUGCUGAUCAAUAUUUGAAACUUUUUUCUGGCAAAAAAUGUUUUGAAAUGGAUGUAAGGCCUUUUUUGAGUUCUUGAGAGCUCAGAAUUUGGCUCCAAGGUCGAUUGGGAGAAAAAUAAAAGCCGAACCGGUUUUCCCAUCCAAAAAGCUUGCUAUUCUCAAAAUUUCAUAAUCUUUUUAAGUGUUGAGUAAAAAAGGUUUCCUUGUUACGUAAGAUGUUGUUAAGAAUGGUAGAUUGGGUAAAAUCAUCAAUUUUUGUGAAAAAUUUCCGAAAAUGUUCAAUUUUGUAAUCCAAUAUCUAGCGCCAAAGAAAGUUUGUCUGCCAUUGUUAAAUGACUUUAUCAAAUCGACCCUCCUCGACAGCGUAAUGUUAUUAGAUUUUCAACAAAUCGACUUCAAAAUUCCCCAAGCCUUUCAAAAAACUCACUUGAUUGUUCCGACAAGCAGUCGCAGUUUUUCGUAGAAAUCACAUUGCUUCAAACAUAUCCCAAGCCAUUGAUUCGCCUGAAAAUGGACAUGUAUAAAUUUUUAAUCGAAAAUUACGAAAAACUCACAUAAUACAUUGCAUUUCUCGAAAAUAAUCGAAUGUGGCUACAGUAACGUCACCAUUGUAUCACUGUUGCCAGUUUGCAACCAUAUACACUUGCUGUAAUUGAAAUUAUAGAUAAAUUUAGGCCAAGAAAAAAAAGAAAAUGAAAAUAAAAAUGAAAAUAAACUGCGGGCAGGCGGAGUGUCGUUUGUGAAAACUUGGAAAAUCAAGGCGUAUACGCAGCGUGUGCGCGGCGUAAGCGCCAUUGUGAUCUCUGACCGCCGCAUACACGCCGAACGUCUCUAAACGCGGCGUUCUACGCCGACGAUUUCCCGAGCAAAUUUUCCCAAUCAAAAUUCCAUUUUUUUUUCAAAUCUGGGAUUCAAUAUCUGCGAAUUUUGAGCUGAAAAUCAAGAAAUUUCGAUGAUUUGCAUCUGAAAAUCAAGAAAAAUGAUGAAUUUUGAGCUGAAAUGCAUCAUUUUUGGAAAAUUUUUCAAAUAUUUUUUUGCAGCGCCACAAAUAUUUAUCUCGAAAAACCGUUGGUUGAAAAAAGAAUGACAGAUGUUGCUCUGAGAUGUUUCAGAAGUUUCAUGUCGCGAUCGGAAAAUAUCGAAGAUUUUGAGCUCGACAUGAUUGAUUCAUUUCCAAUCGACAGAUUUUGUAUCAAUAAUUGGAAAAUGCUGAAGAGUUUCAAGAUUAGAAGUGAAUCGGAUUUUAGUUUGGAUAGAUUAUUCGAAAUUGGAUUUAUCAGUCAGGAAAAGGUGAUUUUUUUUUUGCGAAAAAAAAUUUUUGAAAAAUCUCAAAAUUACCCAUAUUUUUUUCAGCUUUUAUCAAUUGAAAAACUCAAUUUUGAUAAUAUUCUGAUUCGUGAAGAACAAUUAUUACAAAUCAAAUCGAAAGAAAUGCGUUUGACAAAUAUGGAUCCAGAAUUAUUAAGAAAGUUUAUGAAUGCGUGGAAAGAAAUUCGAAGAAUCAGAAAAUACACAGAAAUUGAUAGAAAUUUCGAGAAAUUGGAAUUUGUUAUAAAAGAAGAUGAAGAAAUCAGGGAACAUGUUUGGAAUAUUGUUUUUAAUGAAGCUCAAAUUAUUGGAAAUCACAAAAGAUUUUCGAAUAUUUGUGCUAUUAUUGAAAUUGAUCAAUAUAAUAUUGCGAAUAUUCGAAUCGCUGAUAAUUUGUUGACAAUUCAAAAGGCACCAUCCUAUAGAACUGCUCACAGGGGUAGUACGAACACUACAUAA